GACGUCCCGGCUGACCGGCGGCGUCUGGGCGGGGCGAGGCGCGGCGGAAUGGAGCGGCCCGGGACGCCCCGGUGGGGCGGCAGAGGCACCCAGCAGUAAGUGUGAGGUGAUACAGCCUGGCUUUCACUGUAGCCUGGCUCCCUGGCAUCUGAUGAUGAGUUUGACCCCCUCCAGGGGAUGCCUCCUGGACCUGCCCUGGGAAGACAUCUUGGUUCCACAUAUUCUCUGUCAUCUGCCACUGCAGCAGCUCCUGAGUCUGCAGAGGGUCAGCAAGUCAUUCCAGUCUCUCAUCCAGCUGUACCUGGCCAACAUGCGCUGCUUUGACUCAAGCCAGAUUGGACCUGCCAUCCCUCGAGCUGCUUUUGUUAACCUGCUGAAGGACAAUGAAGUACUGCAGCAGCUGGCACUCCAGAACUGCUCUGACUGGCUGACAGACAGGGAGCUGCUCCCGGUCAUCGGGCAGAAUCACCACCUGCACCAGAUCCAGCUGAAGGGCUGUGCCCAACUCAGCCGCCACGCGCUGGUGGCCAUCUCGCUGAGCUGCCCCAACUUGCGCCGGCUCUCCCUGGCCCACUGCGAGUGGGUGGACAGCCUGUCCCUGCGCAGCCUGGCUGACCACUGCAAGGCGCUGGAGGCUGUGGACCUGACAGCCUGUCGCCAGCUGAAGGAUGAGGCGAUCUGCUACCUGGUGCAGAAGUGCAGCAAGCUCAAGUCUCUGUCACUGGCUGUCAAUGCUAACGUGGGUGACGCGGCGGUUGAGGAGAUUGCCAAGUGCUGUCCUGAGCUGGAGCACCUGGACCUCACGGGAUGUCUGCGAGUCAAGAAUGACUCCAUCAGGGUCCUGGCUGAGUACUGUCCCAAACUGCGCUCACUGAAGGUGAAGCAUUGUCACAACGUGGCUGAGUCCAGCCUGAGCAUCCUCCGAAGCCGUGGGGUGGAGCUGGAUGUGGAGCCUCCACUGCAGAGGGCUCUUGUUCUCCUGCAGGACGUGGUUGGCUUCGCCCCUUUCAUCAACCUCCAGAUCUAGAACUGGUGCUGCUGGGGGGGGGGGGACUGAUGCAAUGCUGGGAUCCCGGGUGGAUGCCGGAACCGGCUGCUGUGGAGAGGUGCAGAGGGAGAGGCCUAUCCCCUUGCUGAGGUUGGCCUGAGUGGGGCUCACUCUUUCCUCAGUGGCUGCUAAACAGCCCCAGGGUGUUCAUGAGUGGGCUUCGUUGGUGCCUUCAGGGAAAGUAACUCCCUCUGCAGUGGCGUGGAGAGAGCAAGUGACUUGCAGGAACACCGUGGUGCUGAACAGGCCUUGGCCAGGCCAGCUAAUAGAUAGGAUUUAUUAUUUGUUGUAUUUUAAAUCUCUAAGCGGCAGCUGUCCAGAGAGCAGGAGGGUGUUUGAUGGGGACUGUCUCCUGGGAUGGGUGUGCAGGGCAUGCUAGCAGAGCUGUGGAAUGAAGCAGGCCAGCUGGUGCAUAAAGGAGGAAAGCCACCAGCCCUCCUUCUGGGAGAGGGCAGGCCCCUCUGGCUCCAGGAGGAGGACAGUGAGCCCAGCUCCAGCCUGCAGCCGCUGGUCAGCCUGGCACCAGAGGGCUGGCAGGGCCCCACUGCAGGCACUGUGUCUGUCCAGGCCUAGGGCACUGGUUUAGCCUGACACAAGGUGGGAGUUGUUUUCAGGGGGACCAGGCUCCUAACUAAAGUUUCAGUGACAGAAACAGGCCAAACUUAGCUGUGCUGUCACUGAAAGCAGUUGGUUGUUGCCAUUUGUUUCUUCCAGCUUAUAUCAUUUCAGUAGCUCCCAGGGCUGCUGCUGUAUCCUGCUCUGUGUCGUUAGGCUGGAGCUUUGGCACUCAACAGUGGUGAGAAAUGGCAGGAGCCCUGGCCAUGCUGUCAGCUGGAGUUUACGGUGUGCUGCCAGUCAUGUUGGCAUGGGGAGCCUAGCUCUAGUCUGGAGUUCAGUUUCAGUCCUUAUAUCUACUAGGUGAUUAAGCUAAUAGCAGCCACAUCUUGUGGCGAACACGAUGAAAGGAAUAAUUGUGGGAAGAGAGGAUGACCCUGCUCCUAUCUUUGGCUCCAGGAGGGAUUGGAGGCAAUGUCCUAAAAGCAUGUGCAUGCUCUGGCUGAACUACACACCAACUCACAUCAUCUUUAUUAACACUUGCACUCAAUUUAGAGCAACAGUACACACAGACUUGUAAAAAGCUUGCUGUAAAAGCACAAGCUACAUCUUAGAUCUAAAAAUGUCCCAUGCAAGAAAUAGCGGAGAAUGCCCAGGCCCCAGAGAGCCACUGUGGUGUGCCCCUGGGGGCAGAGGGACAGCUACACAAGGAGAGCAGGCUCCUCCUUGUCAACCAGGUUAGCCGAGGAAGCUGAAGCAGUAUGCUGGCUCCCAUGUUAGUUCCAGUUAGUGGCAGGUGGAGGAGUCCCCUCAUCCCUAGUGCCAGGUGUUUGUCCAGCUAUGCCUGGAUGGUGAGAUGAAGGCUGAAGAGCAGGAUGACCUGGCUGUCAGUGGAACUUGUAUUUUCUGGCUGGUUUGAGGCUGAUGUAGGUUCUUUUCAUCUCCUCACUCUCAGGCUUCUUGAUGUCUUUGUACCUCUCUCCCUUUGUACUCACCACCUGGUUAUCAAUAUAGCGUAUCAACUUCUUGGGAGCCUGGAGAGGAGAGGCAUAAACACCAAGUGAACAGGCAGCCACACUGAUAGGAAAAGGGAAGGGACAAGCUCUGGGGGGCAGGUGCAGAAAGACUGGGGUGGGCUGCUUUACCUAUUCUUUGUGUUGGUAAUCUUGGCAGAAACUGUGGAGGAAGCUGUCUGAUGGAGGGGAGCAGGAGCCAUGCUAGUCAAGAAUGGUAGGAACUGAGAGAUCCUGCAGCACCUUAGCUAAGCUAACCUUUCCUCCUUGCUGACUAGUGAGUCUUGUGAAUGGUCCUGCCUCUGGCCUGCCCUUUGCUUUUAGGACUUGUAAAACCUUGUAGUUUUAACUACAAGGUUAAACCUUGUAGCCAAAGGACAUUCAAGCUGCUGGUGAGCUGGGACUGCUUUUCUUACCUCUUUGGGUGGAGCUGGCCGAUGUGUUUUCUGGUCGUCUGCACUAUCCACCAUCAUGUAUCUGGAACACAAAAAGCAUUCAGAGAACCCUUAACAUGCAUUGCCUGGGGCUAUUCACAGCCUAUGCCCUUUCUUCCUGGCUGGUUUAUGGCUGUGCAAUGUGUCCUACUUGCCUAGACUGCAGCUAGGAGUACUUAACAUUCCCCUUUGGAUGAAAAGGGCAGUAAGUGUGUCAUCCUUCUGGUGAAAAUCCAGCAGGAUUCUCCUGGACUAGUAUCCUUGGCCGUAUCUGAAAAGUAUUGAAAACUCAGGCUGUUGAGAAUGCUAAUAGCCCAAGCAGAGCUGAGAGAGAUGCCAAGGUCUGGUGUGCUCUGCCAUUGACGAGCUUUGCUCCUUCUCAGCCUGAGUGGUGGCAGCCAAAGGAGAAAGAGGUGAGAUUACAGGACCAACCUGUCUGCUUGUGCCCUGAAGAGAUGGUGUUCCUUUCACAUUCCACUUGCUACCUGACUAUGAAACAGGUCUGUGCUGGAAACAACUUCAUAAUAGCAUCACCUCAUUCCCUGUGUGACCAAAACAUCAGGACCCAAGCAUUUGCUUGCUAUACUGCUGAGUUACUACUCUUGAGACUUUGGUGCUGGUUUGGUAGGUGGACAUCACAGCUGACCAUGACUUCUCCCUCUGUAGUUAGUCUAGUUGCUUCCGUGUAUCUUCAGCUAUGGUGAUCUGCUCUCCAUACCUGUAUUUGAGUGAUGUUAAAAGUACAGGAUGUUGCCAAAAUGUCAUUAAAGUGAAGUUCCCAGAAACAUAA